AUGGCAAACGACGCUCUCAACGUUAACCCCAACAUGGUCAAUGGCAAGUCUGCCGACAUCGCCAUCACUGUCCGCGGUUCCGACUGGUACUGGGCAGUCUGCGCAGUCAUGACCUGUGCUACUUUUGUCUUCCUCGGUCUCGGUUUGACCAAGCCCCGCCAGCACCGUAUCUUCCACUACAUCACUGCUGCUAUCACCAUGGUCGCCGCUAUUGCCUACUUCUCCAUGGCCUCCAACCUCGGCUGGACUCCUAUUGAUGUUGAGUUCGUCAGACCCAGCAUGGCUGAAGUCCGCGGCAUCAACCGUGAGAUCUUCUAUGUCCGCUACAUCGAUUGGUUCAUCACCACUCCUCUCCUUCUCCUCGACUUGAUGUUGACUGCCGCCACUCCUUGGCCCACUCUCCUCUUCAUCAUCCUUGUUGAUGAGGUUAUGAUCGUUACUGGUCUCGUCGGUGCUCUGGUCCGCUCUUCCUACAAGUGGGGUUACUUCGUCUUUGGCUGCGUUGCCCUCUUCUACAUCAUCUACGUCCUUGUUUGGGAGGGUCGCCGCCACGCCAACGCUCUCGGUAGCGAUGUUGGCCGUUGCUUCACCUACUGCGGUUCGCUCACCACCCUCCUCUGGAUCCUCUACCCCGUCGCUUGGGGUGUCUGUGAGGGCGGCAACCUUAUCUCUCCUGACUCUGAGGCUGUCUUCUACGGUAUCCUUGACUUGCUCGCUAAGCCUGUCUUCGGUGCUCUCCUCAUCUGGGGCCACCGUGGCAUUGACCCCGCCCGUCUUGGUCUUUACAUCCACGAGUACGAUGAGAAGGAUGUCGCUGUUAAGGACAAGGUCGGUGCUGCUGGACCCAAUGUUCACCCCAACUCCAACAACAACGGCGUUGCUACCAACGGCCAGGCCACUGAGACCGUCUAA